UAUCAGAACAGUUCUGCCUUCGUUUAUCUAAAGCGAGCUUCAACAACGAUACUUUGUGAGAAACAAUUUAUCUCAAAGUACUAAAUUUUGCCGAAUAUUCACCUCUCUCAGAAGUGCAGACGUGAGCAGAAGUAACUACCAAGCUUUCCACUGUUCAGAAAUCAAGAUGUUUAAGCUUUUUUGCACUUUCCUCUUCGUCCAGAUGGCGAUGACAGCAGCUCGUGUUGUCAAACGCGAGACCGUGUUAGAGUGUAAACAAAAUCCCAUUGAGUUGGGCAUCGUGCUAGAUUCGUCUAGCUCAAUCCGUCACACAGAUUUCCAGAAGAGCAUCAAGUUCCUCCAGGAAUUUCUUGAUCAGUACGAGAUCGGCGAUGGCCGCAAUGACGUCAGAGUGUCCAUUAUCACUUUCGGCAAGGGCGUCUACCCCCAGGACUCCUUCGACCUUGACACCUACAAGAGCAAGGACGCUGUGAUCGAAGCUAUUGGAAAAGUCCCUCACAGAGUCGGCCUCUACACUUCCACAGGGGAGGCCAUCGAGUACAUGAGCGAGAAACAGCUGUCCAAGAAUGUGUCCAGACCGUACGCUGACCGCAUCAGCAUCGUCAUCACAGACGGCAACUCUCAGGUUUGGCGCAAAACCAGAGACGCCGCACAAGCUGCCCGUGACAGCGGAAUUGUCAUAUUCGCCGUGGGCGUGGGAAACGUCCGUCGGGAGGAGCUGCUCAGAAUCGCCGGCAAUGAGAGCCAAGUGGUGAAGGUGGACAACUUUGACAAGCUGGAAGAGAUCAAGGUCAGUCUGGCCCACAAGACCUGCAUCGAGAAGGAGCUGACGACAACCACGACUACCACCACCACGCCUCCGCCUCAGACACAGACCUGCGGGGAAGAGAAUCCUGCUGACGUCUACUUUGUCUUCAGCCCAGCUGAGCUCGGUACACAGAUUACUUCAUGGACAACCUCCUUGAUCUCCACAACGGUCAGACAGGACGAUAUGGAGAAAGGCUUUCGGUUUGGUGUCGUUUCUGGCUCCUGCCCCGAUGACGAGGGAUUUGACCUGGACGACUACACCAGUGCUGAAGAGAUCGACGCCAGGUUGGCCACCUACAUGCAGCCACGCAUGCCCGCUAUGAUUGACCACCUGUCCAACUUUGGUUACUCUGACAUGUCCGGCGGCCGCAGUCAUGCCCGUGACGUCGCUGUUCUCGUUGCCAACGGCGGGAAGAAGAACAAGGGUCUUCAAGGGGAGGUCAAUCGUCUGCAAGCGAAGGGAGUGCAAGUGUUCAUCGCUGACCCAGCCGGCUCCGGCAUCGAGAUAGAGGGCGCUAUCACUUUAACAGGACGCAGCGCCAAAGACGCCUCAGCAAACCUCGUAACCCAUCUAUGCCCCACCCGUACCGGAAACGCAUAAAAGGGCACCUUUCCCAACCACUGAGCGUUCAUUUAAGAUCAUUACAUGUUCUAGGAACUGGUUUUAAGAAUAUUGACAUUACUGUACUGCCAUAGUUGCUCUGUCCCGUGCCUCAGAACUAUUGAAAGAAUUAUUGUGCUGAUGGCACUAUCGGACAUAUGGAAUCUUCACAGCAACGAAGUGCAAUAGACCCGAUACGUCCACACAGAGUAACACAUUUCAUGUUUAUUUGUGUCAUAAAGCGCUUUACACGCAAAUGUCUUGUGAACCCUUUUAGGGGAAAAACCCAUGAGCAAAUGUUUAGUAACAGUUUAACCAACUUUUUUCAAUCUUAUCAUUUUGAAUUUCACGACAGUGAGAAAAAAAGCAACGUUCAUAAUUGUAUGUUUGGACGUGUGCAAGUUUUCUUAAGUAUAUGUAAGAGAAUGUGGAGAGAGAGAGAGAGGGGAGAGAGAGAGAGAGAGAGAGAGAGAGAGAGAGAGAGAGAGAGAGAGAGAGAGAGA